GAAAACCUCUUGCUUAUUAACCGAAAGCGACAAUUCGGCUGGGCAGACACCCGUCCCUUCCUCGCAAACUAUCCGCCAUCGAUGCGAAUCUCCGAGCUCUCGCCUGAACUCUGUCGUCCGCCUGCAGACGGUGACUCCCAGUCCUCCCGCCUUCACGUAUUUGACGAAAUUGAAUCUUCUGUGAAUGAAGCCGAAUCCCUCACCUUUGAAGACCUCACCUCGCUGGAGAACCUCGUUGUCCGCCUUCGCAAAUCUCUCUCUAGCACGACCUCCACCCAUCCCCUGUCCGAUUUGGCCAAGCUUCACGCAUGGAAACUCAGCUAUCGCUUAUGGAAUGCUUGCGUCGACCUCGCCAAUGCCUCCGACGGUCUCCGCACCGUCGACGCUGACUAUCGCGACCGCACUUUUGUACUGCAGGCUGAGCUACGCCAGAUUGCUGCCGAAAUCCUCCUCCUAGCGAAAAAUCCCAAGGGAAUCCCUUCUCCCGAUAUCAAAUCCGCUUCAUUCUUCCACAAGGCUGGCCUUAUAUGGCACGAUCUUGGCAGGUUCAACCGCGCUGUUACGAACUUUGAGCACGCCACUGACCUGAUAUCAUCGUCUCGUGCCGACGGUGAGGAUGAGAAGCGGCUGCUGCUCGACUUAAACCUUGCCAGGGCCCGUACAGCGUGGGAGGCGAACGAUCGGAGCCUCUCGAUCGCACUGCUCGGCCGCUCCAAGAACAUCUUAUUCGGCUCUCAGGCAGGUUUCCAAGCCUUAGCGGAGCAAUACCUUCAGUUUGGGAAGCUUAGCCUCAAGAACUCUUCCGACGGUUUAGUCGACGCGUCCAAGCUACUAAGCGAAUCGCUUGAACUGUGCGAGAAAGGUAUAGCAAUUUCGACAGGAGGAAGUUUAGAACUGGAGCGCUUGAAGGCGCGAUGCCUCCGAUUCAUGGCGGCGGAGCGACUGCAGGCAGAAGACUACGAAGGAGUGCUGAAUUGCGUGAGGGUUUCGAGAGGAAUUGAAGGGAAGGAAGAACAUCCGAGCAUAAGAUACAUGGCGAUGAAGGCUUGUAUUGGGGCUGGAAGGCUGGCGGAGGCGGAAAUGGAGUUGAGAGGAUUGAUAGCUAACAAAAGCGUGCCUGAAACUACCUGCAUCUCUGCGGUCGAGACGUUUCUUACUGCUACUGGGGCUGCGGAGGCCAAGGAGAUAAUGAUGAUGCUCUUGGGGCGUUGCAGGAGCGGAGCCGCUGCGGCGCUGAGGGUCGUAAAAAUGGUGGCAGAGAGUGGUAGCUGUGCUGUAAGGACGAGGGUAGCGGCGGAACUGGCAUCGGACGAUAGAGUAGUGGCGCUAUUCAUUGACAACUCGUCAGCGAAGGAGAGAAAUGCGAUGCAUGCAUUGCUCUGGAACUGGGGAGCGGAGCGUUUCAGAUCGAAGGAGUAUGAUAUUAGCGCGGAAUUGUUCGAGAAGUCGAUGCUUUACGUGCCCCGUGAUGAGAACAGAGCUCGGCGCUCAAAUUGUUUUAGGGUUCUUAGCCUAUGUCACCUCGCGCUCGUACAACUUGAUCUUGCUCAGGAGUUCAUCGACCAAGCUGAGAAGCUUGAACCUAACUUAAAAUGCUCCUUUCUGAAGCUUCAACAGUUUAAGAUCCAAUUGCAAAAGAGGGACGAGGCGGCGGCCAUCAGUCAGAUAGAGGCAAUGGUUAGCUGCAUUGACUUCAACCCUGAGUUUCUCACUCUCUGCACCCAUGAAGCUAUUGCCUGUCAGUCCUUCCCGGUGGCUGUGGCAUCUCUUUCCAUUCUUCUCAAUCUCUACUCUUCGGGAAAACCGAUGCCUAUGAAGGAAGUUGCAGUGUUUCGUAACCUCAUUACGCUUCUCCAUCGGGACUUAGAUGGUGAGCAAGAGAUGUUGAAGCACACGAGGAGAGCUUGGGCAAGAGUUAAUGAGCUUGGGACUGAGAAUUUCUUUGGCACAGGAGCUGUUGGUGCUCGUGAGCUAAACUGGUUUGCAGGCAAUACAUGGAAUAUGGGGCUGAAGAUGGUGAAGGAUAAGAAGUAUGAGAUUUGUGCUGAGUUCUUUGAGCUGGCGGCAGAGUUCUACGAUUCUUGCAGUGAUAAGAGUGAAGGGAAACAGGCAAUGGUUUGCAAGUCAUUGAUUCUAUGCACAGGGGCAAUGAUACAUGCCGAGGAAGAGAAGAAGAUUUCAAUGACUGAUUCUGAUGUCAAGAGGGCGAUUGAAAUACUCCAACGAGCUGAGAAGUUGGUACCAACAAUGCAUUUAUCAACAGCUGUUACGGGUGAUUGGAUGGUUGAAGCAUCAACUAUGUGCUUCCUCCAUACCUUCAACACCUAUCAACUCCUCAACAGGCUCGAUGACACUAGGAACCAACAACUCCAACUCGUUAAGAGGUUUGCCUCCACGAAAGCGUGCAACCCUAACAGCCUCCUCCAAAUUGGUCUUUUUGCCUCUCAAGGUAGGAGGCCAAACACUGAGGUAUCGGAGUUUGCCUUCAGGAAGUGUCUCUCAAGUCUGUUGGAAUUGCCAACUCCGGACUAUCAGAUGGUGAGCAUGGUCCUCCGAUGGCUGAUCAGCAUUGCCUGUCUGUGUUCAACUGAAAAUGGCGGGAAGAAUGAAGCAGCCUAUACUUUAUACAGACAAGCGUAUCAGAUCAUUGUAGGAUUAAAGGAGGGGGAAUAUCCUGUUGAAGAAGGGAAAUGGCUUGCAAUGACUGCAUGGAACAGGUCAGGAACAGCAGUCCGGCUGCGGCAGGUCAAUACUGCUAGAAAAUGGAUGAAGAUGGGCCUCGAUCUGGCCAAGCGAAUAUCAGGCAUGGAGAAAUAUCUUGUUGGAAUGGAGGAGUCCUUCACUAACUUUGAAGAGGUUUGCAGGGGGAAUGAUUCUGGAGCUGUGUACUCAUACUGAUAUCAGUUCCCAUGAAUUAUCAAAAAUCAGUUUUAUAGAGAGGAAUCAGCUUUAGUUAGAAAGUAGUUGAUUACCGUUAACCAGACAAUGAAGGAAAACUGCUAGACUCGUGUCUUGCAGAUUCGUUUUAUUUUUACAGCAUUUAGAAUAUUGGAAUGGAGAGUGCAAAAAUGGCCCAUUUUAUUUUUGGAAUGUUUUUCGCUUACGUAAUGGGGUUAUUUUGCAGCCUAAAACCCAAUAAAUAGUCCAAGGUUGAUUUCCGGAAGGGGUGCUUUGUGAUUACCAAUGGAUGCAGGAGCCUGUGAACGGUGGAGUGCCUCUACCAGGAGCAAACAACGGGGCUGCGGCUACUCUUUUGUGGAGCAAGCAUCUGUGGAGCAAGCAUCUGAAAUGAGCCAAUCUGGUUGCAAUUAUCUUGGGAUCGGUUGCUAGCUUCGAAGUGGAGUCCAUAGACGCUCAUUAAGUCAUAACUGACAAUGCAGUCAAGAGAAGAUCAUCUAACAGCCUAGAGAAGAUCAUUCCCUCCUUUUUCUAGCCUCGAUUCUCACCGCAUUGUCCUGAUUUUAAGCUUGAAAGUCAGGACAUUUCACGACCAUACUAUCAAGUUCACCAAAACUCCAAAUUGAUUGCUCUAAGAGGUUCACAAGAGUGCACGGGGACUUUCCCAAUCAAAACCCCUCUCCCGAGCAUCCUAGCAUAGUCCUAGACCAAACCCGAUCCAACCUUUGAUCGAACUCCUACCUAGACCCAACAACACAACAAAGCAACACUUCGAGGAAAUUCGUGCACUCAAGGCGAAGCUCAGGAACAGACCCAAUUGGGGUCUCACCUCUUCGGUAAAGGUAUAGAUCGAAAUCCCUAAAUUUACCCUCAAUUUGAAACAUUCUUAAGUAAACUUGUAUUUCAUAUGUAUCUAGCCAUAUAGAUGUGUUCGUCUCACUUUGAUGAAGCUAUCAGAACAAACCUCACUUAAUUUGGUUGAGUAUCGAGCGAGAUC